AUGCACCACAGCCAUGUUCCCCAUCUGCUCCUCUCUCUUCUCUGCAUCGGAUCGGCUGCCCAGUCUGAGCCGGAGACAGAUGAAGUGGUUCCCUGGCUGCUGUCCGGGCAGGAGGCGCACCUGUCCGCCGUCCACACGCUGAGGCGCCGCGGUCAGCGCUCCUUGGACGUCCCAGGGGGAGGGCACCGUGACCCGGGUCAUAUAAUACUGUCAGUGCCUGCUUUUGGAAAGACCCUGUAUUUAAACCUGACGCGGGACACUGGCUUUCUCUCGGGGGGCUUUGUGGUGGAGGAGAGGCGCAGGGAGCAGCCCGCAUCUGUGAGCCGCUUAUCCACCAACCAGCGCUGCUUUUACUCCGGAUCCAUCCUCAACCACACGGACUCUCUGGCAUCUAUGAGCACCUGUGGAGGCCUGACUGGGCUGAUCCAGGUUGGGGAGGACAGCCUGUUCAUUCAGCCGCUGGGUGAGUACGACCUGUCAGAGUCGUUCUCUGGACUCAAACACCAUCUGCAGCGACGGCGACGCUCUGCAGAGACCAGCUCUGCUCCAGAUGCUGACCAUCACAACUACUGUGGAACAGUACAAGGGAAGAAGAAGGAGAAGAUGUCAAAAGCAGGGGAGGAUGGUCGUGGGAAGAGAAACGCCAUCCGCCUGCAUGAUGUGUACACAGUGGAGACGGUGGUGGUGGCAGACUCUGACAUGGUGCAGUACCACGGUGCUGAGGCCGCUCAGAGGUUCCUGCUGACUGUCAUGAACAUGGUCUACAACAUGUUUCACCACCGCAGUCUGGGAGUUAGGAUCAACAUCCGUGUCACCAAGCUGGUGCUGCUGCACAGCCGCCCAGAGAAGUUAAAGGUGGGCUAUCACGGUGAGCGGGCUCUGGAGAGCUUCUGUCACUGGCAGUAUCAGGAGUUUGGAGGACCGCGCUACCUCGGCACCAACCACGUUCCUGGAGGGAGAGAUGAUAUCCCACCUGUGGACACUGCUGUGCUGGUCACCAGGACAGAUUUCUGCGUUCAUAAAGACGAACCCUGUGACACUGUGGGUAUUGCUUAUCUGGGCGGAGCCUGCAGUGCAAAGAGGAAGUGUGUGUUAGCUGAGGACAAUGGACUCAACCUGGCCUUCACCAUCGCUCACGAGCUGGGACACAACAUGGGAAUGAGCCAUGAUGACGACCACGCCACCUGCACAGGUCACUCCCACAUCAUGUCUGGAGAAUGGGUGAAAGGAAGAAACCCCAGUGACCUAUCCUGGUCCUCCUGCAGCCGUGACGACCUGGAGAACUUCCUCAGGUCCAAAUCCAGUGCCUGCCUCCUGCACACAGACCCCAGGAGCAGGUACCAGAUCCGGCUCCCUCCCAAACUGCCCGGCAUGCACUACAGCGUGGACGAACAGUGUCAGAUCCUGUUUGGAACCAACGCAACUUUCUGCAAUGACAUGGAGCACCUGAUGUGUGCUGGUCUGUGGUGCUUAGUCGAAGGAGACUCGUCCUGCAAGACCAAACUGGAUCCUCCUCUGGAUGGCACAGAGUGUGGAGCCGACAAGUGGUGCAGGACAGGAGAGUGUGUGAGUAAGACUCCCAUCCCUCAGCAUGUGGAUGGUGACUGGAGUCCAUGGAGCCAGUGGAGCAUGUGCAGCAGGACCUGCGGUACUGGAGUCCAGUUCAGACAGAGGAAAUGUGACAACCCUCCUCCUGGUCCUGGUGGGCGACACUGUCAGAGAGCCAGUGUGGAGCACAAAGCAUGUGAGGGUCUUCCGUGUCCUAAGGGGGCCCCCAGCUUCAGAGACCUGCAGUGUCUCUCCUAUGACCGCCACGCCAGCAAGAAGAAGGGCAGCAUGCUGACUGCUGUUAUCAACGACGAGAAGCCGUGUGUGUUGUUCUGCAGCCCGGUGGGUCGAGAUGUCUCCGUCCUGAUGGCUGACAGAGUGAUGGACGGGACACCUUGUGGACCAUACGAGGCGGACUUGUGUGUUAACGGAAGGUGUCAGAAAAUUGGAUGUGAUGGCAUCAUCGGCUCUUCAGCCAAAGAGGACCGCUGUGGAGUGUGUAAUGGAGACGGGCGCUCCUGUAGGAUAGUGAGAGGAGACUUCAACCACACCAAAGGGAUGGUCACCACUAGGCAGUGUAAGAGGGUAUCUACCUGUGUGAUGGCUAGACCCAGAGCUGUCCCCAAGUGUUUCUCAUGCUACAUCGAGGCUGUGGUUAUCCCUGCAGGAGCCAGACGGAUCAAAGUCGUGGAAGACAAACCGUCACAUAGCUUUCUGGCCCUGAAAGACUCCAGUAAGAGAUCCAUUAACAGCGACUGGAAGAUUGAGCUCCCAGGAGAGUUCGAGCUGGCUGGCACCACAGUGCGCUACGUUAGAAGAGGACUGUGGGAGAAGAUGUCUGCCAAGGGACCCACCAAGACCCCCUUACACCUGAUGGUGCUGCUCUUCCAUGACCAGAGCUAUGGGAUCCACUACGAGUACACGGUGUCUCUGAACAUCAGUCAGGACAGGAGCGGUGAGGAGCAUAGAGAACCAGAGUAUCUCUACAUCUGGACACACAGCAGCUGGCAGGACUGUACUGUCCAGUGCGGGGGAGGUGAGAGGAGGACAGUUGUUUCCUGUAUGAGGAUAGCCAAUAAAACCAUGGAGGUGGUUAACAACAGCUACUGCCAACCUGAAAACCGACCACACCCCCAAGUACGACCCUGCAACUCUCACCCCUGCCAGUACAGGUGGGUAACCGGAGAGUGGGGGUCCUGCUCCGUCACAUGUGGUAAAGGUCUGCAGCAGAGGGAGGUGGUCUGUGUUUACCACCUACAGAACGGCUCCCUCAUCCACACCCGGGACCUGUACUGCCAAGGAGGGAAGCCUCCUGUUGUGCAGGGCUGUGAGGGCCGUCUCUGCCUCACAGUGUGGGAGGCCUCAGAGUGGUCCAAGUGCUCCUCAGGCUGUGGGGAAGGUGUUCGCAGACGGACGGUGUUGUGUACAAACCCUCAGAGUCUGUGUGAUCCACAGUCUCAGCCCACUGAAGAGGAGCCCUGUGAGGACCUCUCUAGAUGUUACGAAUGGAAGACAGGAGAUUGGUCAAAGUGCUCUUCCUCCUGUGGAAAGGGCUUGCAGUCACGAGUGGUCCAGUGUAUGCACAAAGUGACCGGUCGACACGGUAACGACUGCCCAGUGACACUGAGACCACCAACAUACAGACCCUGUCACCAAGUUGCCUGCAAUGAGAAGAUCAACGUGAACACCAUCACCUCUCCCAGGCUCGCUGCUCUGACCUACAAGUGCACGGGGGACCAGUGGACGGUGUACUGUCGUGUGGUCAGAGAGAAGAACCUGUGUCAGGACAUGAGGUGGUACCAGCGCUGCUGUGAGACCUGUAGGGACUUUUAUGCCAUGAAAACACUGCACAAGAGCUAAUGACCACAUUGCACCUACUUUCACUCCAAAUAGCGUUCCUUUUGUAAAUGUUUUUAAUAUUUUAAAUGUUAUAAGAAAACCAUUUAUUAAUGAUGGAUUUUUUUCUAUUUAAAUAAGGAAAUAGCAAGUUCAUUAAAGUGUACAUUUUAAAUGGGCUCAUACGCUUCUGAUUUUGAUGAAGACUUGAAAAUGUCCUAUAUUUCCUUUGCUGUACACCAAAAAAAAAAAAGGGGGAGUAUUUAGAAAGCCGAUUCAGGCGGCGUUAUUGCACAGAAUGAUUGAAAAUAUGUGCUUGAUUUUUAAGAAGACUUUCCUGGCUCUCCUUUGUAUCUUUUACUAUGUUGUACUGUAUUAUAGUUAAUUUUGCAUUUCUGAAUAAUAAGUAAAAUUGUUUACACAUAGGUAUAAUAAUGAUACAGAAGUAUUAUAAUAUUCUUCAAUAAUGUUUAAGUCCUGAUCAGGAGCCGUUAUAAAGCAUUGCUAGUAAACAGCAAAUCAACCAAACUAGUGUUGAAAGAAUAGACUCAAAGGGUACUUAGUUGUUUUGUUUCUUUCACAUACAAUCAGGUUGAUGGGUUUAAACAAUAUCACUCAUUUUUGACUUGAAAUUAACUGAAGUCAACUCUUGGAUCAACCUCAGUGCCAAAUGGUGUGCAGAUAAUUGUAUUGGCCCUGUACGAGGGUUGGCUUUACUGUGAGCAGAGAAGACUGACCUUUGGCCUGGUUUACUGACAGAGCAGCUAACAAGAGUGCCCAUACGCCUCUGACUUGGCUCUGAUUAUUGUAGCACUAUCAACGUGACAUUUGUCUCAUUUACAAAGGUGCUCAUUAGCGACCUGAAGAGUCCCUGUCUCACGUCCUUUGAUUGGGAUUAUUUUGGACUGUUUAUGGACCUCAUAAGACGAACAGCUAUGCAGAUGACAGAUCCAGCAAACAAUCACUUGUUGAACCAGAAAAUAAAGGUGCUAAGGUGUUUAGAACAAAAGUGAAGCAGACUUUUCAGGCACCAGGUUUACAAGCUGUGACAAUACAAAGACGCAAUGUGCAAAUAUUAGUCCUGUGUGCUAAAGCUUUUCAGAUGAUUGUCUGAAACUGUGACCUGUCUGUGGUGAGACUUAUUCCAGCAUCCUUUCAGCCUGCUCAGUGUCAAUACAUAGCAGUAAUACCUGUUUCAUUUGUCUUCAUAGUGCUGUAGUAAGAAAUAUUUCAGCCAACAUUAGUGUGACAUGCUCCAGUGAAACUGAGACUCGGAUAACCAAAAGUGAUCCUGCCGUCAAACUUGCGAGGCAAAAAUCUUCAUUUUUGGUCUCAACAUGACACAAGAGUAAGAGCCUCAUUGUUUACUGCUCCAUACUAAGUCUGUUCCCCUGCACUGUCACAGACAUACCUGUCACCAGCAGCUGCUGCUUAACAUCUUUACCCCAAAGACUAUUUCACAAAGUCAUGGAGCGAACAGAUUGAACAGCCUGAUGAAGUUCUUCUCAUCAUGCAUCUGUACUAAACAGAAGAGCUGUAAAGCCAGAUUUCCACCAGAGCAGUGUCCGGUCUAGUUGCUCAGGUUUCACGGUUGAGUACCUUCUGCUGCUGACUAGUCAGACAUUAACCACCAAUCUAAAGUUUUGUGCUCUCCAAGUAUAUUACAAGUCAUAUUAAAAAAUAUUCUCCAUGUUGAUUUGGCGUGUGUGAUCAGGUGGUCUACAGGUUGUCCCUUUAGAGAAACCAUCACCAUUUUUGGGGUGUAGACCAAUCAGAAUGAAGUAUCAAACACAGCCAGGUAAAAGUUGAAAUAAUGGGUUAGUUUGUUGCCUUCAUGACGUGUUCUUCAGUUCGGCUGAUGGAUCAGCUGACCCAUUCCCCUUUGAGUACGGUAUUUUACCCACUUUGUUUUUUAUUCAUUUCUAAUUUCUCAUUAAGUGUCCUCAGUAAUCUAAAAGAACAGAUUAGUGUAAAGGUCAGAAAGUGAAACUGCUUUAUAGUCUUCUGGUCUCACCAUGGUAUUGACAAACUUCAAUCCAGGAAGAAAAGGUAUUCCAGUGAAAGUAAGGUAUCUGAAAAUCAUUCUGAAUGUCACUUAAAGUUCUGUAUUCUUGAAUCUGUGCAGUGCAAAAUAUAUGGUUAGGAGAUUGUUCUAGCAGACUGGAAACUCUACAAGGUGAGCAGGACCACGAAACGAAGCAGAACAACUAUAACAGACCAUUUCUGUAGAGCAUUGACCAAUGAGAAUCAAGUAUUUAACAAUCAUGUCAUGAAGAGAAGAUACAAACAGCGGUGAGCAUUUCACAGUUGCAAUGAUACUGCGUGUUUGAGUCCAUGCAGUAGCUGUCGCAGUGACAGGAAGACCUGGAGUGAUGGUCAGCAUUUGAUGCACAAAGUAUCACUAAACAUUACACUUUCUGAGUUGUCAGUGCAGCUUGGUUUCAAUUACGUUCAAAUCCAACCAGUGGCCUUCUGCUACAUGUCAUUCUUCAGUCUUUCCUCCUAGUUUACUCCUCUACCCACUGUCCUAUCCUCUCAACAAAGGCAUGGAAAAGACACAAAACUACCUUUGAAAAAUAGAAAUAUAUUAUGCUUUUUAUUCAAGGGUCUAAUCUGGCGAGCAUAUUUGUUUGUUUGCACAGAAAAAGUCAGUAACUAUCAGUAUCUACAGGUUUAACAGGCUCCUGAUUAUUUGGUUAAGAUGUGUGAUGAUAAAACUUGUUCUAUAUGCUGAUGACAGCUGAAAUUAUCAAUGGUGCAGUGAAUGUGUGUGUUUGUAUGCGUGCGCGUGUGCGUGUGUGUGUGUGUGUGUGUGUGUGUGUGUGUGUGUGUGUGUGUUAAUAAAAGGCCUCAGUCUUUCCAAGUUGAAUGGUGCUAUCUCUUGACCUGUUUCACUCUGGUGGAAUCAGCUGAUUGUCAGUAGUCGUCUGUUUGUUAACAGUUAUUUGUUUUUGUAUGUUGUAGGAUUAUUUAAUAUCUUGCCUUAUCAAUGACUUUUUUAUUUCCUAUUUUUUGCCAAUGUAGCGCACAUAUGCUUCAAUAUUCCUGUACUGUACUUUGUUUUAGUUGCACAGACCGUAUGUUUGGUACAUAAACUGCCACUACAUGUAUUUUAUGGUGCUGAUGAUGUGGAACAGAGUAAAUAAUCCCUUUAACCCUU